UCUGUCCCUCGCUUUUAACUCUCUCAGUCUCUCUCUUAAAACCCCCUUCUCUCUCUAGCUUUCUCUCUCUUAGGGUUUCUCCCCCAGUGAAGAAGAUUCAACUGAACUUUUCCGGUGCUUUCUUCUACUAGUUUUGUGGCUCAGCACUGUUAUGAGUGUUUAGACUGGAAAGAAAGGCAUAUCCCAGUAGCCAAGCAUGGAUCAGUCAGAACAGACGCAACAACAGCAGCAACAACAGCAGCCAGUCGUUGGUAUGGUAGCAGGUUAUGCUCCUCAGUCCUAUCAAACUGCUCCGAUGGUGGCUUCUGGGGCUCCUGCUGCACCUGUCCCUUCCCAAACGCAGGCCCCCGCUACUUUCUCUAAUUCCCCGCACCAGCUGGCGUACCAGCAAGCUCAGCACUUCCACCACCAGCAGCAACAGCAGCAGCAGCAGCAGCUUCAGAUGUUUUGGGUCAACCAAAUGCAAGAAAUCGAGCAAACAGCUGAUUUCAAAAACCACAGCUUGCCGCUUGCUCGGAUCAAGAAGAUAAUGAAAGCUGAUGAGGAUGUUAGAAUGAUUUCAGCUGAGGCUCCGGUCAUAUUUGCAAAGGCGUGCGAAAUGUUCAUCUUGGAGCUGACUCUACGCUCGUGGAUCCACACCGAGGAAAACAAAAGGAGGACACUACAAAAGAACGAUAUUGCAGCUGCCAUUUCAAGGACUGAUGUCUUUGACUUUUUAGUCGACAUUAUCCCUAGAGAUGAGUUGAAAGAGGAGGGACUUGGCGUCACUAAGGCUACCCUUCCGGUGGUGGGUUCGCCUGCUGACAUGCCCUACUACUAUGUGCCACCACAGCAUCCUGUGGGACCUACUGGGAUGAUCAUGGGGAAGCCAGUAGAUCAAGCGGCCAUGUAUGCAGCCCAACAGCCAAGACCACCAAUGGCAUUCGUGCCGUGGCCGCAAACUCAGCCUCAACAGCAGCAGCAACAACAACCGCAACAGCAAACCGACACUUGAUUGUGCCCCAGGCGUUGUGACUGGUUGAGGAGCAUGUUUUCUUAUUGUUAGAGAUGGGUUUUAGUUGUCUUGAAUUUGUAGUGAAUUGUUAGCUUUAGUAUUAGUUGGAGUUACGAAUUUGUGAUAGAGAAAUCUUUAGUGAGCCAUGUCAUUCUCGAGUGCGAGAGGUUGGCUGUAUCA